GGUCAAGGAUCCAGGAAGGACAGCUGAGAGUAUUUAUGAACCAAGGCGCCUUCCGCUUGUCUGUGGCCUGAAAUACACACAGCCUUGGCCCGAGGCCAGCACAUUCCACUGCUUCCUUGGCAGAGUCGGACGGGGCCAGAAGAGAAUCUAAGGAAGGCCAGAGCUGAACUUGGAGAAAGCUGCGGUCCUUAGAUGCCUGAGGGUCUGCUCCGACUCUCCUCUGUUCCUCCUCAAACAUCAAGGGACAAACCCCUUUCCCGUGAGUGGGAAGUGUUCUGAUUCCCCUAGAGCCAGCUUGAAGACAGUCCCCGGCACCUGUGAGAGAUUUCUCAGCUGAUGAGGCGCUAGGAAGAUCCAUUGUGUCUGGAUCCUGGACCGGUGAUCUGGAGAGAGCUCUAACAGGGCAGGAUGGCCCAGGACCUCAGUGAGAAGGAGCUGUUGAGGAUGGAGGUGGAGCAGCUGAAGAAGGAGGUGAAGAACCCACGUGAUCCGAUUUCCAAGACAGGAAAGGAAAUCAAGGAUUAUGUAGAGGCCCAAGCAGGGACAGACCCUCUUCUCAAAGGCAUCCCAGAAGACAAGAAUCCCUUUAAGGAGAAAGGCACUUGUGUGCUAAGCUGAUGGCCCACCCUCACCACCAUCACCCUCUCUGUCCCUCCUCAGCCACGCCCAAGUGUACUGGGAUACCUAAGGACCAAUGUUUUCUUCCUCUUAGACACAAAUAAAGAUGUUGAGAAAAAGCAA